UCUAAACUCUUUGUUUCUCUCUCUAAAUGCGAUCACCUCUUUCUCUCUCCUCCGUCCUAUCAUAAAGUGUCCAACGCCCCCAUCCAAAACGGCUCCCGAACCAAACCGUUUCUCUCUCUUAAAUCUCAAACGGAACUCUCCUCCGUUCUCCUACGAAAUAAGGCACAUUCCCUCCUUUUAAAGAGGCCUCAACCUCAACCCCUCUCUACUGGAAGCUCAAUAUUUCCAGCACUUGAGCUUGCGCGCACUUCGUUUUCUUCUCAGCUAGAAUUUUUUCAUCUAAUCCAUCAAUAUUUCGCAUUCUGAUGAGUUUUCGUUGAGCCCCUUGUCCAAAUUUUCGGCAAAGCUUCUGUUUUUGUGUCUGUUGUUUAGUUUUUCUGGUGAUCUCCUGAUCUUUUCCGGCGAUGGGCAACAGCAUAGGCAGGCGGAGCACCGCGAAAAUCAUGCGGGUGGACGGUGAGACCCUCAAGCUCAAGGCCCCGGUCCGUGUUGAGGAUGUGCUGGCUGACCACCCGGGGCACGUCCUCAUCGAUUAUGCUCUCGUGCGCGAGCUCGGCAUCCGCGCCCAGCCCCUCGGCCCCGACUCCCUCCUCAUGCCCCGCCGGGUAUACUUCCUUGUCCAAAAGUCUGAGCUGCCCCCAACCCGACCGACACGACGCGUCCGCUCGGCUGUCCCGGUGGCUGCGGGCAGCGCGAAGGAGAGGCUCGAUGGGCUUCUUUUGGCACGGAGAACGGUGUCGGAUUUGAGUCCUAUGGUCGGAGAGGGAGGAGGGAUGAGGGUGAGGAUGAGGCUGCCGAAGGCGCAGGUGGUGAGGCUGAUGGAAGAGAGCGCGGACGGGUCGGAGGCGGCCGAGAGGAUAUUGGAGUUGUGUAUGGAGAAAGAGGGGAGGGAGGAGAGAGAGUGGAAGAGUGGGGAGCUGGUGGAGAGAGGGUGGAGGAGUGGGGAAUUGGAGAAGGGGUGGAGGCCCGGGUUGGGGAGUAUUCAGGAGAAUUGCAGGCCCAAAGAGAAAAGAGGAGUGAGAUUCCAGCCUAUUCAACAUGGAGAGUUGGUGCAAUAGUGUUGCAGGAUACCAGAAGGGAAUUAACAAUGGAGGCGAGCAACAAAAGCAGCCCUGCCAUAGAUUAGUUUACCCUUUUUUUUUCUUUUUUCUUUUUUCUUUUUUUUUUUGGAUGAGUAUUUUUUCUACUUAUUUCCCUUAUAACUAUAAGUUAUAAGACGGUUUUGGAUUUUCUAUUUUGUGUAUAAAUAUAAAUAAUCUAAAGCAUAAGUACUUCGUGGAACCAA